CGAGCCAGCAAUCGUUCAAGGGAGAGGGGGUGCGUCUCCGACUAAAGCCGAUCGGCUGCAGCAGAAAAGCUCAUAAUGUAGCGACCUGGGUGUUCACGGUCACCCCCAAAGGACACCAUUCUAUUAUAAAACCGAUCGUGUGGCUCGUCGCGUAAGAACAUCUACGGGUGGCAUAAUACUGCAUAGCUUUUCCGAUUUUCCCAUAACCACUCCUACCUCGUCUUGCAUCCACCCUUCCUUUACGCCAUGGCUGAGCAUCAGCACAUCUCGUUCAAGAUCGAGGAGCUCUUCUCUGUGAAGGGCAAGGUCGUUGUCGUGACCGGGGGCGGAUCCGGCCUCGGCAAGGCCAUCGCGGAGGGGUUCGCGGUGAACGGCGCAAAGGUUUACAUCACUGGCCGGAGGCAGGAGGUGCUAGAUACGGCCGUGAAGCAGAUUGGCGGGGAUAUUCAUGCCAUACAGGGCGAUGUGCAGACGAAAGUGGGAUGCCAGAAGAUUGUCGAGGUAGUCAAAGAGAAAGAAUCCCAUAUCGACACCCUGAUCAACUGUGCCGGUGUGAACAGUCCGUGGAGGGUCGAUGCCAAUGACCCCAACGACGCCGACCAGGUUGAAAACCUGCUCCUUAACGGUGUCGAAGAGGAGGAUUUCGACCGAAGUAACCAGAUCAACGUCAACGGUGUCUACUUCCUGACGGUCAACUUCGUCCCGCUUCUGCGGGAAUCCGUGGACCCCAAUGUCUGCGUGAUUGCAUCUAUCGCCGGCAUCGCCAAUCAGAGGUCGGUAGGGUCGUUAACAUACAGCGUGUCCAAGGCAGCGACGGUACACCUCGCCAAGCUUCUCGCCGGCCGUUUCCACCCUAUGAAAAUCCGUGUCAACACAAUCUGCCCGGGGAUAUUCCCGUCUGAAAUGACGGGUAUCACCGCUGGAAAGCACGAAUACAACAUCAACCAGCAGGCCGCGAAGGCGGCUAAGCGAAGCACAGCUGGUCGCCCUGGCCGGCCGGAGGAGAUCGUCGGGCCAGUGCUGAUGCUGUCGAGUGCCGGCGGCGCGUACAUGAACCACGCGCUGCUGACCGUGGAUGGCGGCAGGCUAAUGGGGGUCUCUAUCAACGACGGAAUCAGGAUGCCGGACGAUACCUACACCGACCAGAUCCUGGGUUAGGGGGAUAUCCUCUCAUAUCGAGAUUACUAACUAGCAGAGGUCAAAAGGUCAGUAGUUGGCGGGCGAUGGUUAGAUGGGAGGGGAUGAACUGGAAGUAAAUAUUCAGAAGUAGAUAUGACUGAGAACCGCAUUGUUGCUUGCCGCCCUCCAGUAACUCGUGUAAUACGUGUCGUGCAGAGCUAGAUCGCCGACGACGACAAUUCACGCUUCCUAUAUAAGUUCAUUCCGUC